GACUGCAGAUCAAGAGGUCCCUGGUUCAACUCCAGGUGCCCCCUUUGGAUUGGAUGUUUUUUGUUCUUUCCAAAGGUAAAUAUGAAGGGCACAACCCUCACUUUUAGGUCGUGUGUUCUUCUCCUUUGCUUGCAGGCCUGGUCAGUCAAAAUCCCUGUUCAAGAUGCUGAACAUUCAUCCAAAGAAUUAUGACCAGAUCUCCUUGAUGUGUUUUUAAUGCUCCUUGUCUGCUUGUUUAUCCAUGGGGGUAUAGCUCAGUGGUAGAGCAUUUGACUGCAGAUCAAGAGGUCCCUGGUUCAACUCCAGGUGCCCCCUCUUUUCCUUCUAUUCCAUCCUUUUCUUCUCAAAUCCUUCCCAGGCAGGAACCAUAUUUUUCAGAGCUCUCCCACAUCACUUUUACCAAACUAAUACCAAGAAAAACAACCACCUUUCCAGGUUUCCUCUGCUUCUCCUGAGCAACACAUCUGCGCCGUGGUGCUAUUUGUGUGUACUAGAGGUGACUCAGGUCCAGUUUUUCCUGCCUGAGCAGCUGUUAAUUGAAGUAAUGAAGCCGCAUACUCUGUGUAUGCUUUGUGCCCCCACGGGAUUCGAACCCGUGACCUCGGCAUCCGCAGGCGGACGCUCUGCCAUUAAGCCACGCCCUCCCACAGUCUUAUAAUGCAGUGCCGGAAGUGACGUAUAUAACACGCGACGCGUAGAGCCGCAUGUUGAUGACGUAACACAGGCCCGGUAGUCGGUAGUGAAGCAGCGGGACCGAGCCGCCAUGGGGGGAGGUGACUUGAACCUGAAGAAGAGCUGGCACCCCCAGACCCUGCGCAAUGUGGAGAAGGUGUGGAAAGCUGAACAGAAAUAUGAGGCCGAGAGGAAGAAGAUCGAGGAGCUGCAGAGGGAGCUACAGGAGGAAAGGGCCAGGGAGGAGAUGCAGAGAUACGCUGAGGAUAUGGGCACUGUCAGGAAAAGAGAAGAAAAGUUGGAGUGGAUGUACCAAGGCCCUGGUGGCAUGGUGAACAGGGAGGAGUAUCUCAUGGGUCGCCCCGUGGACAAAUACGUCUUUGAGAAGACAGAAGACAAAGAUGCUGGAUGCUCCAGUGAGACAGGGCUGCUCCCAGGCUCCAUUUUUGCCAAGUCAGGUGCCAAUUCUGUCCUGGAUAUGGCAAAUAAAAUCCGGGAGGAUCCGCUUUUCAUGAUAAGAAAGAGAGAGGAGGAGAAGAAGAGGGAAGUUCUGAAUAAUCCUGUAAAAAUGAAGAAAAUCAAAGAGUUGCUACAAAACAGCUUAGAUAAGAAAGAGAAAAAGAAGAAGAAAGAGAAGAAGAGGAAGCACAAGAAGCAUCGACGUCGCAGUUCUAGCAGUGAAAGUACCAGCAGUGAUGAGGAGCGAAGCAAAGCCAGGUCUCAGAAGAAGACAAACAGUUCCUCCUGGAAACCCAUUCCUUCCAAAUUGCCAGGAUAUGGCUUACAGGUUAGAGACUCUGACAAGAACCACAGAUCUCGGAGUUCUCCAGCUCCUGGUCAGGGCAGAACCCCCCACAGACACCGGGAACGUUCCAGGUCCAGAAGCACAUCCCAUUCUCCACAGAGAUGCAGUGGCAAGAAGAGCACAGAGCAAUCUGGAUGCAGGGGGUCGAGAUCUCCUUCCAGACACAGUAAACAGCAUAGCAGUCGAGAGGAGAAAGGGAAAACUAGAAGUCCUUCCCCCAAAAAGAGCUAUCGGCGACAGCACGUUCCAGGUUACACAAGAAAGAUCUCAGCGGAGGAACUGGAGCGAAAACGCCAAGAGAUGAUGGAAAAUGCCAAGUGGAGGGAAGAGGAAAGGGUGAAUAACCUCAGGAAGCACCGAAAGGAGGAGGAACGGGAGAGAGAACUGGAGAAACUCGACUCCAGAGAUAUGAAGUUCUUGCAUAACUUUAAACUGGAGAGUGCUUCUAGUUCUACAUUAGAAGAUCGAGUCAAGCGCAACAUCCACUCCCUACAGAGAACUCCAGCUGCCUUGGAAAAGAACUUCAUGCAGAGAUGAAGUUUGUUCUUCCUUUACUCCUGUGCUAAUCGGACACUUGUUCCCCAAGGUCAGAAGCCUCCAGCCCACACUCAGUGCUCUCUCCAGGAAUCCAAAGAGCUGCUGAAUGAACACAGUGUGUCCUGAACUUCUGGAGCUGUAAAUAUGUUUGUGAUGAGGGUGAGCCCUCAGCCAGACAACUAGCGGAGCCCUCGUAUCCUACAGCACGUCGUCACAUCUCUUCCUCUCCUCUCCGCCUUGAUUCCUAUUGGGUUUUAUAUAUCAUUACUAUUAGAUGAUGCCGGGUGGUGACUGGCUUUUUGCAUUGUGUAGGUGAGAGCAGAAGGGCUUAUUUUUGUUAGUGCUUAGAAAGGAGAGAGCAGAACAAACUCUGGAUGUGAUGAAGCUGUUUGAUGGACUGAUGGCCAUCCUGCCACCCAGCUGCUGUGGGGUUGGAGGGUGAGCUCAGGCUGUAGGAUACCUGUAGCUGUUAUUUCAAUGCUCUUUGACCCAAAUUGGGGCAGUUUAACAUGAAAACGAAUUGGGUACAGCAGGACUUGAUGCAGCAAAUAUCACUCUGGGAUUUUUCUAAUGGAAGUCAUGUGUAUAUGUAUGUACAGCAGUGAAGAUCGUUUUGACUUUUCUUUUUUUAAAAAGGAGAAAUUUUACGAUUC